GCACCGGCGGCCGCAGUCUCGGCGGCCGGAGCGCCGUGGACUGUGGAACGCCCUGGUGUGAAACGGACACAGGGGGAGCAGUGCUGACUGGAUUGAUUGGGAGAGGGUUCUAUGGUUCGAGUUUCAGCGGUGUUGAAUUUCAGCUUGGACUUAAAGCUGGCUUUAAAUGGCUUUAUGAUUAAAACGGUUCUGAUCAAGUCAGUGUAAACCAGGUGCUUGAAGAAAACGGGCAAUAGAUAACAUCACCAUAACGUUUCAUAAAUGUCAUUCGUGACGAAGGCGUGGUAGCGCGCAAGUUAUCACGCUCGAUUAUCAGACCAUGGCGCCGCUUAGAAAGUGCUGGACUUGAGGUCCAUCAGUGACAGCUCUCCGAGGAGCACCCCCUCUCUGGCACAAUGGAACCUGCAUAUCGUCGAUAGGACACACGCUAUGUGAUCAGGCGCCGCACCGAGCCGCUCCACCGACGACAGUCAGCACCGGUGACCGAUGGCGAUCGCCGGGGGAGUGCCGGAGGCGGCCGCCCGCGCCCGAGAGGCCCGGCCCCAGUCCGACCUGGAGGCGUGGCGCAGCCUGCUCAGCAUCUUCUCCAACUACUCCUCCGUGCUGGACGAAUGGGUGGAGAAGAUGCUGGAGGAAGCAAAACGACACGAGCAGAACGGCGAGCCCGAGCUGUGGAUCAUGAACAAGCCGGCGCAGUCGCUCUGCAUCUGCGUCAUCAUCACAGCGGCCGUCAUCCUCAACAUCUGCGUCAUCCAGAACAUCUACCACAACGACCUGAAGCUGAAAACCGUCCACUUCCUCCUCAUCAAAAACCUGUGCAUCGUAGACUUGAUCGGGGCGCUGUGCGUGCUGCCCGUGCCGCUGAUCACCACGAUGCAGGGCGAAUGGACCUUCGGCGAGGUCAUCUGCAGCCUCAACAGCAUCAUCAACGUGCUGCUCUGGCUGCAGCACAUCAUCAUGUUCAUCAUGCUGAAGAUCGACCGCGUGCUGGCGUCGUGUCUGCCCAUCGGAAAGUAUCCCCUGUUCCCUAUCCGAUUCAUCAGUUUCGUGGUGAUGCUCUCUUGGCUCUUCUCUUUCAGCGUGGCCGUGUUUGUCACCACCAACUACGACGCCCUCUUCGAGCCAGCCAUCAUCCUCUGUAUCCCCGACCUGCCGUCGGUGUUUUUCAUCUUCAUCCUCGUCAUCUACUGCCUCGCACUCUUUACCAUCAUCGUCGGCUACGUGCUGGUGGCCAUCUUUUUGCGUCGCAAACAGGUGGCCGCUUCCCACAACCCUGCCAGUGUGCACAUCCUCGACUACCGCGGUCUGGAGCGCACUGCCAUGGCCUCGUUUCUCGUCACGCUCAGUCACUUGGUGCUUUACAUCCCGACCCUGCUGGUGAUCGGCCUUCACGGCUGGAUCCUGCCUCCGAUCGGCAUCCUCAUCUGCGACAUGAUCGUCUACUCCGAGUUCUUCAUCCACCCGGUCAUCCUGCUGGCCACGUCGACUCGGAUGCGCAAAGAGGUGCGCAGCACACUACGCCGUCUCCGCCAGUCUUUUUCGCGUCGGUAGCGGAGGCUGCUAGAAAAAUAGCCGACAUCCGAGCACGGCCGUUCGCACAGCUGGUGGAAGUGACAUCCGCCGCGAGACAGCUAACGAGGUGAAAGCGUUAGCUGUCAGCUGGAUGUCUGCGGGCACUGGGGUGUACUGUGCGACUUCCUACACUAGACUCGUGUGUGUGGGACGUGCGUCUGCCGCCAUGUCGCGAACUCUGAGAUAUCGGCACAGCAGCGGCAGUCGUGUACUUAUACCGUGGUGUGAAGUAGUGACAGGAACUUGUCUCAAUGAACAGACUCAGUGACGAACUUUGUGAGGUGCUCAAUGGGAGCUGCGUGGUGGAGCCGUGCGCCGCGGCGCGGUGGGCUGUUGAAUCGUUGACGUUACAGUGUUGUGUGAGUGGCGAGCUACAGGAACGCACACAGUGCUCCACCUCGCGGACAGCACAGGGCACGAGCACGCUUUCCAUGGCCUUGAAGUUUCUGACUAUACAUAUUUACGUAAUGUUGAGCUGUCCUAAGACAUGUUCCAAUAUUUGCGCAGUUAAUACGCCCGUUCUUCAACAAUGCCAUGCUUUUAGUAGUAAUCCCAUCCAGACCCGUUUAUUUUUCUUGUCCCGUUUUAAAAGCCCUCCCCAGAUAUCCAUUUUAGGCCACCGCUUGACGCUCUAUUUCCCAUGUUUUUAAUCUGCAACCGACUUACGGAAAGGCGACACCGCACUUUGGUAUUUGCCAUUUAUCAACAGCUGGAGACACGCCAUUUCUUCGAUGGCUGACACUUGACAGUGUUUCUGAACUUACCGACUAUAUCGGGACAUUUCUUGCCGCCUGAUCUCUUAGCAGAGCGUGCCACCUGUUCAUAUGUGAAUCAUAGUUAUACAUGUUUGAAUGCGAUUAUUAGAUGCUGUUACAAUGCCGUUGCGCUGUCCUGUCAGUAUUAAACGUUGCAGGGAAUGUUGCUGGUUCUCCAAUUACGUGCUAUCGAUCAACUGCUCCUGAAUCUCGCCAAAAACACAUUGCACGGUGCUCAGCCUCAUCACUAGCAUUGAACGAAUGAAAAAAAAUAUAGAUAAAACAGCAAACUUUGUACGCAAGGAGUGACACAAUAUGGAGCUGUUUUUCAUUACAAGAACGCACAAACAUUCAAUCCAGAGUUAUCCCAGCACAAAAUACAAUGGGUUACUUCUCAUAUGUAAUGAAUGGCUUUCUGUUAACGUAACAUGGAGUGUUAUCUAAUGUAGGUAUACUCAAUGCCUAACUAAUAAAGGAUAAACAGAUGUCAAUGUGAUGCUCUCGCUCCACUGAGCUCAAUGUGCCGAUCACAAGUUAUUUUUCACACGUUAGUGGGCAGGUACUAAAUGACUUUUAUCGUCAAAUUUCCAUGACGCUGCGUGCAAUCCUUGAGAGUGGGUUACAAUGUGAACUAUGUGACUGACGGUAAACCACUAACCAGCUCAAUGUUCAUGUGAUUGGUCUCCGUUUCCAUAUACGACCCCUCUGCCUCCUAUUAUUCCGCCGCUAUUGACCGGUGG